CUUUGUACGACACAGGCCAAUACGACGACCCUAAAUGGUACCAGGAUCCAAAGUCGGACGAGCUCGUAGCGAGGACGUUAUCAACACAAAGUAGCGCAUCUUGUCAACAUUUAAACACCACUAGACAGGGGUUAUGACAGUUUAAUAGAAAAACGUUGAGCGCCUGUCAAUUGCGAUGCUUUGCUCAGCAGCCCUAGGGGCUGCUCCUUGGCGCAUUCCUAACAACUGUAGGUAUUUCAGUAGAGAACAAGGAACACUACUAAGAUAAGCCGUCUGCCAGGAUACCCAUGUCUGCGACCUAGCCUGAGAAUCGCUCGUCAUGGCCAGCGUGGUGCAUGGUUGUCUACUAGGUUACUGUUGCUUCGUACCGGGAGGACAAAUUAUGGAACAUUGCCGGCUAUCGUGUCAUCUUUAACUUCGGCAAAGGAACAUUAAUGGAGCGGUCAGGGAUGGAUAUCCACCGGGCGAAGUGUUACCACGCAAGGCGGCUUCUUCCUCAAGUCGUCUCGGUUUACGGCAAGCAACGCGUUGUAUGUGGACUGGACCACGGGCAGCGUGUCCUGCAAAGUUGUCACACAGAAGAUAGCGGUAUAUGGGCUGGGUCACCACGACUGGCUGUAACAACAAUGCUUUACAAGUGUGUAGCAGAGGCCAACAGCUCUGCCAACAUGACAAUCCGCCCGCUGCGCAUUGUUGUCCCAGACGGCACCCUUGUGCGCACCUUCAGCCAACUGGCCAACGGCAGCAGCUCCUCAUUCAGCAGAGCUACAGGCGUGCCCAUUGAAUUCGUGAUUAUGCCACCGGUAGCUUAUUCAAUGGCGCGUGGUUCAAUGUUAUUGGACACUUCACCGCCAACUGCGGACAGCGGCUAUGAUGCCAUAAUGGUUGCGCCCACAGCAUUCGGAGACGCUGCACAGGUUCCCGGCAAACUGCUGGAUUUGUCGUACAUCGUAUCGGACGACACAAUGCUCGACUGGGAGGGUAUCCGGCCGCAGUUUCGAGGUACGGCAGUAACGUACGACGGCGCUGUGGUGGCGCUACCGCUGCUGCCCGUGCCCUUCUUCACAUACUACCACCUGCCCAUCUUCCAGCGGGACGGGCUGAGGCCGCCGCGCACCUGGGAGGAGUUUGCUGACCUCGCGGAGCGCUACCACGGCCGGGAGCGACCCGCCCCUGCCGCUGCAGAUGGAAGGUGUCUGUGGUUUGAACGGGCCCUUGAGGAUGACUUAGUGAAGGUACAGAAAGACUUUCUCCAGGAACUUGCGGGUGCUCAACGGCCUACAAAUCGGCUACUGUUUCGUGAGUUUGGGCAACGUCCGUUGCAGCAGCACUGGGCUGCGUUAGCGUUCCGGUUUUGGAAUGAUUUGUGUCAAGCUAGGGAUACUAUUUAUCACAGUGCCUUCAGGAAUGAAUUACGGUUGGCGUUUGAGUCUGAUUUCAACUACGAUGGCUGGGGUGCGAAGAUGCUACGUGUGUAUCGGUGCUUGGGGUAUAACCUUACGGGUAUGAGGCAAGAUAUGGAUAUUGACAGCAAGGUUAACUGUGCUGCCUCUACACGGGUAGAAGUUGGUGAAUUACUAAAGCUGCUUUAGCGGCGUUUGGAUGAGGACUGGACUAGUGCUCGGCUUAAUUGUGACCCGCGUAGUUUCGUUACGGAUAACCUUCAACCGGGUGUGAAGAUGUGUCGUGCGGUGAAAUGGAUGGGUACUGCCUCGCACCAUGACACCUACAUCCCGCGCAGGCACUAUGUGUCACUGAGCCGUUUUCGUCUAUGUGCUUGGCCACUAGCUGUUAACCGACCGCAUGGGGUUGUCCGCAGUGAGCGCUGGUGCAGGAUGUGUGGCUGCCGAGAUGCGGUGGAGGAUGAGUUGCAUGUACUGCUGGAAUGUCCCGCCUAUAAUGAGAUUAGGGAUGAGCUGGUGAACAAUGGUGUUGUUUUAGAUCAGGGUAUGCUUAGUGUUAUGAGUACUCCUAAUCAAAGAUUGCUUGCUAAAGUGGUAGACAGGAUCAGGCAUGUCAGGGCAACUAGUCUUGACACUUAGGCUGGUUACUGCUUGCUACUUUCUGCUUUUUGUUUUCGGUUACAUGUGAAAUUUUCUUUCUUUUAUUUUUUUCUUACUCUGUUUGUUUUGUUUGUGUGUGCGGUCC